CAAGCUAACUAUACACUGAUGGCUGCAAGCUUGAAGCAGACUACACACUGCAGACUGCUUCAAACAGACUGCAGACCCCUGCAUCAAACAGCCUGCAGACCCCCUGCUUCAAACAGCCUGCAGACCCCCUGCUUCAAGCAAACUAUACACUGAUGGCUGCAAGCUUGAAGCAGACUACACACUGCAGACUGCUUCAAACAGACUGCAGACCCCUGCAUCAAACAGCCUGCAGACCCCUGCUUCAAACAGAGUUCAAGUAGGCUACACACUGCAGACUGCUUCAAACAGACUGCAGACCCCUGCAUCAAACAGCCUGCAGACCCCCUGCUUCAAACAGCCUCAGACCCCCUGCUUCAAGCAAACUAUACACUGAUGGCUGCAAGCUUCAAGCAGACUAGACACUAAUGACUGUUUCAAGUAGCCUGGUUAAGGGUUAAAGUCAAUAUGGCCACACACAUUGGUCAAACUGGCCUCAAAAGAAGUCAAAAUAUCCACAGACCCCUAGUCCAAAUGACCACAUAAAAAAAUCCCAAAUGGCCACAUUCUUAAUGUAUAAACAGACCUAUUUUAUGGUCUCUGGUAUAAAUAAACAUUUCACACGCAGACACUUUGACACAAUCAUUGGAAACGUGGAUGGAUUGGUUGUUUUUUUAUCAGACACUAGGUUGCAUCUUUCUUGUGGGAUUCGUUGGGGGACGGGUUUUUUCUUUAUUAUUGUGGGUGGUUGUGGUCUUUCUUUCUCUUGUACAUUUCUUUUCUUACCCUUCCAAAUACUCGUGUUUUAUUUUUUUUAAUAUGACCUUCCCCUUGUGACUAUAAUAUUUAUUUGGUGACCCUCCCGUUUUUCCCUCUGACCCACUCCUAUCAUAAAUGACCGAUCCCUAACUACCUCAGCCUGAAAUGCACAAGUAAAUAUUGACAGGGCGCCUGUCUACCAUAACGUGUAUAAUCGUUAAAUGUGCAGCGCGAACGUGUAAAAUCGCGAGAAAUUAUCGAAGCGUACGUAAACAUUAUUUUAGUGGUAUCCAAACUGUAGAACAUUCCUGGAUAACCCCCCUUAUGCCAUUUUCCAGAUCGGUAAAUGUUCUGACACCCAAUGUGGUGCACAGGCAUUAUACCCCACAAAUAACGCCUUCAAUUAAAUACUUUCGUAAGUAAAUGUAAUUCUUAGUUGACGAAUAUACUACAUGUUUGUUGCAACGUGGCCACGACGGAUGUCACUGCCGAGGUUACCACGCACCAUUAUCAGCUGAUUAUGUUUAUCAGUGUUUAUGAUAAUGAAGAGCUGAUGGUGAAACCAAAGACUGAAAUGUCAUGAAAUCAUACAAUAAGUUCCAGUGUUAAGACCACAAGCCAUAGUCAGUCUGCUACAAUAUAUCAACCCUUAAAGAAUGCCAAGUCAUAAAACUAUAAAACAUACAUUUAGUCCUAAAAAUGAAACUUGUAGUGAUGAAACUAGAACACCAAGUCCAGAAACUGAAAAGCCUAUUGAGAAAAAGCACUUGAGGAGACUGUCGAUAGAAAAAAGAGAGAAAAUCAAGGCACUUCUUGAAGAUGGUACAUCUCGAAGGCAGAUUUCCAAAAUCAUGAAUGUUGCUCCCUCAGUUAUUUCUAGGUUUGCAACACGACUGAAAGAAACGGGUGGAAUUGAAGACCGACACAAGAUAGGGCGACCUAAGAAAUAUCAUGACCCUACAGAACAUUGGACUGACAUAGGAGGCGAACGCAAGUAUCAGUGCCAACAUUGUCAAAAAACUUUUGUACACUUUGUACAAAUUCAGGAACAUAUUCGUGUGCACACAGGAGAGAGGCCAUUCAAAUGUGACCAGUGUUUCAGGGGGUUUGCCAGAUCAAGCACACUGAAACGCCACCUCAUCUGUCACUCCAAUGAGAGACUUUACAUGUGUGACAUUUGUGCUAAGUGUUUUGCAGAAGCUUCAUCACUAAGGGUUCAUGUCCGCACCCACACCGGAGAAAAGCCGUACAGAUGUCGAUUCUGUGACAAAGGCUGCACUACUGCAGGGAAUCUCAAUGCCCACAUGAGGGUACAUCGAGAUAAAAUCAACGAACAACCUAAAGAGACCAUUAAUCAAAGCAAGAUCCUUGAAGAGAAUGUAACUCGUAUCAAAGAGGCUGAGGAAAAUAUGACCCAUAUCGAUAUUUCUGAAAAGAUUGAAAAGGCAAUAAGACAGGAAGAGCGUGAAGAAAAAGGUUAUGGCACCGAGGAAGAAGAUGUGAACACUGGAGAAGAAAGAAGAGACAAUGCAGAAGAUUGUCACGGCAGUGCAGAGGUUCAGAGAGAAAUGAAUAGCUGUGAGUGCAAAAUGGUGGAUACUUGUGCAGAGAACACGCAACAGGAGAGUUAUCCUGGAGAUGUGUACCAAGUUGAAAUAAAACAGGAACCAGAAGAUACGAUGGAGGAAUGUCAAUAGUUGAAGGGUCACAGACAUAAAGUUUAUUUGAUGUUAUUACAGUGUAAAGCAGUAUCAUUCAGAUGGAACAAAUAUUAACCAAAUGCAUGUUGCUCGGGUGAUAGUCUAGCUUUUUUGUUUGUUGUUUAAUGUAUUUGUUUAUCAGCAGUAUUCCAACUGUAUGAUGGUGGCCUGUAAAUAAUCUAUACUGAACCAAACAGUCCAGAGAAUGAUGUUGUGAGCAAUGAUCCAUGCCAUCAGCAUACAAGGACAUGCUAUCAACCAAGUCACAAACCCUGACCAUCCGAUCCAUUUGGUCGCCUCACAUCACCCACAUGUACUGCUGGGGGCACGGGUGG